GAACAUAUUUAUCAUCCCUGCCCCACAGCCCCAGUACUCUCCACCACUAAAUAGUAAUAUAUAUAGGGCUAGCACCAGUCCUACUACUUCUUUCAUAGCUUCUUAUUAAAAAAAUAAAAACCCAGCUGAGGCCGAACCAUCUCUCUCGCUUGUCAAUUGUCACCAACCAGUAACACAAACUCAUUUCUUUCUUUCUAUUUAUAUUUCCUCAAAGAAGGCCCAAAGUCUUCAGAUGGUAAGGAAUUCUGCAGCAAAACCCAGCUCCCAGUUUGUGCAUUAUAUGUGUUGUAGAUGAAGCUGAUAUCAUCAUCACCUACACAACUAUACCCCUUGAUCAGUUGUGCUUAUUAGAGAGAGUUUUGCUUGAACCUGCUCAGCAGCAGCCUUUUUGAGGAAUAAUUUUACUUUAUCCUCAAAUAGAGAAAAGUGAGACUGAUGGUAUUAUAUUAUGUAAUCUCAGGCCAAUUUUUACCCCUUUUCGUGGUGUAGGCUUUAAAGCUAGUGAUUGCUACAAAUUUGAAAAAUGUCAUUGUCGCUGCCCUUCACAUCCCAAGGGGAUUGGCCAAUCUCUUUUCUCAGUUCCAGUUUCCUCCCUAGGAAUCCUUCUUGGUUACGUUGUAACAUUAACCAAAAUUACCAAAACAGUAAGAAAUCCAGAAAUCUAUCUAUUUCUAUCUCAUGUUCAUCUAUCAAAAUUGUCCGGAGCCCUUCACUAGACAGGAAUGUUGUGAAGCAAAACAAGAUUCGGUUUGUUCAAAAGCUGAAAACACUGCUCCUUUCUAAACCAAAACACUUUUUGCCACUCCACGUUCUUUCAAAAUGUCGAUCCUACCUUUCCCUUUCAAAGCCUCGCUCAAUCCUAUCCAUGAUCCAUCGUUAUCCUUUAAUUUUUGAAGUCUUUGCAGUUCCAAGGCCACCUACACCGUUCAAUGCAACCAAAUCAUAUUCUCAACUUUGUGUUCGUCUAACCCCAGCUGCAGCAGCCCUUGCCACCCAGGAAUUAAAUCUCAAAUCAGCCAUCUCAAUGACUUUGGCAUCCAAACUCCAGAAACUUCUCAUGCUCUCUUCUCACCAUCGGCUCCUUCUAUCAAAGUUGGUUCACAUUGCUCCAGAUCUUGGCCUUCCCCCUAAUUUCCGUUCUCGUCUUUGCAAUGAUCACCCUGAGAAAUUUAAAACUGUGGAUACCUCCUAUGGCCGUGCACUAGAGCUUGUGUCUUGGGAUCUGCACCUAGCAAAACCUUUACCCUCUCCCGAAGUUCAUUCACGUGGGCUGAUAGUAGACAGGCCUUUGAAAUUUAAACAGUUGAGACUCCGAAAGGGACUAAAUUUGAAGAGACGUCACCAGGAUUUUCUGCUCAGGUUUGGUGAAAUGCCAGAUGUGUGCCCUUAUAAUACUCCUGUGGAGGCAUUGGGUCAAGAGUCCAUUGAAGCAGAGAAAAGAGGCUGUGGGGUGGUGAGAGAGGUGUUGGGGAUGAUGGUUGAAAAGAGAACUUUAAUUGACCACUUGACACAUUUCAGGAAGGAGUUUGGGCUGCCCAACAAAUUAAGGGGAAUGAUUGUGAGGCACCCGGAAUUAUUCUAUGUGAGUUUGAAAGGGGAGAGGCACUCUGUGUUUUUGGUGGAGGGGUUUGAUGAGAAAGGUACCCUAUUGGAGAAGGAUGAGACUCUGGUAAUAAAAGAUAAGUUGAUGGAGUUGGUUAGGGAAGGGAAGAGGAUGAGACGAGAGAAGAGAAAGGCUUGGAAGAAUAACUAUGUCAUUGAUAAUUCUAAUAAUGGUGAUGACGAUGAUUAUGAGGUUGAUAACAAUGAUGAUGAUCAUGAUGAUGAAUUGGAUGAUUUGUUCGAGUUUGAAGAUUCAGAUUUGGAUGGUAUUGAUGAUGAUGAUUAUGAUGAGAGCAACGAGUCAUCAGGCCACUUGGCAAAUGAGGCUUUUUGGACAGCAGAUGCUGCUUUUCUUGAUGAUGUGGAUGGAGCAAAUGUUGAACCAUGGUAACAAUACAAAUGAAUGUCAAAACAAUGUACAUAAAUUAUAGAAAACUAAUUAAGGUCAGACUGUGAGACAGUAUUUUUAGUCUUUACUUAUGAGAAAAGCACUAGCAUUGGGGGAUGUAAACACCCCUCUCUCA